AUGGGCCACAAAACCCAUCCCCUGGGGUUCCGUCUGGGCAUCAUCAAAGACUGGAAGACCCAUUGGUACGCAAACAACGGCGCCCAGUAUCGGGCCAGCGUGCAAGCGGACAUGUCCAUCAGGCGGUCCAUCCACGCUGAGUACGCCGCGUUUUCCGAUGCCGGCAUUGCCAAGAUCGAGAUUGACCGCACGGCUCAGGAAAUCAUCAUCAACGUGCAUUCCGCGCGGCCAGGCAUCCUGAUCGGCCGGGAUGGCGAUCGUGUCAAGGGUCUGCGUUCCCGCUUGGAAACGAUGACUGCGGGCCAGUUGCGCCUCAAUAUUAUAGAAAUCGAGCAACCCGAACUUGAUCCGUAUCUGGUGGGCAGGAACAUCGCCGACCAGCUGAGCCGCCGCGUUGCCUACCGCCGCGCGAUGCGUCAGGCUGCCCUGCGCACCAUGCAGGCCGGCGCCGAGGGCGUAAAAAUCAUUACCAAGGGCCGCAUCUCGGGUGCCGAAAUCGCCCGUACCGAGAAGCUGAUGAUGGGCCGGGUUCCCCUGCACACCCUGCGCGCCGACAUCGACUACGCCUUGUCCGAGGCGUCCACCGCAAUGGGCCGAAUCGGUAUCAAGGUGUGGAUCUACAAAGGUCAGAUCAUGCCGCCGGCAGCCGAAGAAGAUACCGAACUGGAAAGCAUUGAAUUCCGAGUCGCCAGUCAGGACGCUGACCCCGAAGCCGACGCCGUUGCCGAACUGGAAAACUAA